AUGAAGUUAUGGCUGAAAGUUUGCCAUGCGGUGGUAGUCCGGCUGGGGAAGGCCGAUCAGCCCUUGGUGGUAUCCUGGUGGAGGUUGUGCAUGUCGUCCAACUUCCCCAUGUACGGCUCGAAUGGCCAAGGCCCGACGAAAAUGCGUGCACCGAAGAAAUGGAUCAAAGCCAUCCUUCGCAUGAAGAAAUCCGGAAGCUCUCGAUCUUUGGAGAAGGAGGAAAAUAUUUCAGGAAGCACACAGAAGGCUUGGCACCAAGAGAAGCAUGCUCUUAAGACUGAUGACGAUAUUCUUGAAUACGAGUCGGACGCGAAAGUUGUCAGAGAAAUCGAAACCGUAAGAGAUACAAAUUUCUGGUCGGAUUUGGAUUCAUCUAGAAUCUCACAUGAAAGGAAGCACUCAGUUGAGAUUGAUGAUAACUGUACACUUGAAUAUUUGGAAAAUGAGUUGAAUCGUAACAUGAUCGUUGAAGCCGAAGAUGUGAAAGAGGCAAAUUUCGAGCUGGUAUCAGAUUCACCUCGAAUCUCGCACCAAAGGAAAUUUUCCCUCGGGUUCAGUAAUGAUAUACUUGGAAAUGAGUUGAAUCGAAAUGUAGUUAUGGAAGUUGAAUAUGCCAAAGAUGCGAAAUUCCAGUCGAUUUUGGAUUCUACCAGCUCUCCUUCGACCCCACUUGAGGUGCAAAACGCAGAUCAACUUGAAUGGGAGGCUCAGUUUCAACAGAAGAUGAGGCAAGAGUGGGCUGCUCAGGUUGAUCUGAAUAUGAGAGAAGAAUGGGCAGCCAUAUGCAUCCAGACGGCUUUUCGAGGAUUUCUGGCUAAACAAUCCUUACGUGCUUUAAAAGGAUUGGUGAGACUUCAAGCUCUCGUCAGGGGUUAUUCGGUAAGAAAGCAAGCUUCCACGACUCUUCGUUGUAUGCAAGCUUUAGUGAAAUUCCAGGCUCGAGUAAGAGCGAGGCGUGUUCGUGUUGCCCUGGAGAAUCAAAGAGCACAGCAGAAACUUCAAGAGCAACUUGAACAAGAAGCUCGUGUCAAGAAAAUUGAAGAGGGAUGGUGUCGGAUUGUGGGAUCUGCAGAAGAAGUUCAAGCCAAGCUGUUGAAAAGGAAAGAGGCUGCCGCUAAUCGGGAAAAAGCAAAGGCCUAUGCUUUAGCUCGCCAGUGGCAAGCGAGGCACCGGCACCAGGUGAUAACACCUUCCGUCAUCUCCAAACCACAGAAAACCAAUUUGCAUGCCGGUUUCGAGCCGGACAAAGCUUACUGGGGAUGGAAUUGGCUCGAGAGGUGGAUGGAUGUUCGUCCCUGGGAGAACCCCUUUUUAGACAUCAACCUCAUAGAUGGCGUGAGGAUCCGCAUGCAUGAGUCAGCUGAUGCAAAUGUGAAGAGUAGCCCCGGCUUGAGCAAUAACUCGAAAGCCUCAUAUGUCGAUGGAACUGAGGGCAAGAUGGUCCCUAUGAGGGCUGCUAAACCGGUUGAUGUGAAUUUGGCUGAGGAAGCUAACUUGAAGGCUGGUGUUGGUUUGAGAUCAAGCAGUAACCCUAAGGAGAGAUUGGCACUUGCAGAUAAACAGAGAAAGAAGCGGUUGUCUCUGCCUACUGGAGGGAUUGUUCAUGGGGCUCAACCAGCUGCCGGGCCUCAAGUCGGUCGACCCCUUGUGAAAAGUAGUCCCACAGGUCCAAAGCCCGGAAUGGCCAAGACCAGUUUUAGUGGAAAUGUUAUUAUCAGACCUUCAAAGCUCGGUUCGCACGUCGCUUAUUAG